CCAAUUAAUACAUUAUCGCCAAGCCUCGCUUUCAUAUUUUUAAGCCAGAAACGAGGUAGUUACGUAGAAGUGGAGAGAAAUAAGUCAAAUUGUAAUGUCGCGUUACUCUAGGCCCCCGAACUCUUCUCUGUAUGUUAGAAAUGUUCCGUCAACGGAAAGGGCUGAAGAAAUGGCAGAAGAAUUGCGAGCAUUGUUUGGUAAAUAUGGACCUUUAACAGAUGUCUAUGUUCCAGUAGACUAUUACACACGAGAUCCAAGAGGUUUUGCAUAUGUACAGUUUGAAGAUUCCAGGGAUGCAGAUGAUGCUCUAUACCAUCUAGAUAGAACCAGGUUUUUUGGUAUGGAACUGGAAGUUGAAUUUGCCAGAGGUGAUCGAAAAACACCAAACCAAAUGAGAUCAAAGGAUCGUGGAGGAAGAAGAAGUUCACCUUACAGAGACAGUUAUUAUGGUGGGGAUCAUGACAGAAGACGUGGCGGUAGAAGACGAUCCAGAAGCAGAAGUCCGAAAUAUAGGUCAAGGUCAAGAAGUCCAAAGAAAAAUCGAAGGAGGAGUAGAUCAAGAACUCCAGAGAAGAGGAGAAGUAGGUCCAGAAGUCCCUACCAGAGGAGGAGGAGUCGUUCUAGGAGUCCAUACGAAAGAAGGAGAUCAAGGUCAAGAAGCAGAGAAAGAAGGAGAUCAGCCUCACGGUCAAGAUCGAGGUCAUAUGACAGAAGAAGGAGUGGUUCUCCAAGGAGGUCAAGGUCAUACAGUCGGUCUGCGUCAAGGUCACCAGGCCAUGGAAAGGAAGAUUCGCCAGCAAGAAAUGGUCACAGUCGUAGCAGAAGUCGAAGUCCGCCGCCAAAUGCUGAUCAUUAAGAACUUUGUGACUUCUCUCCAUUUUAAAAAACUUUGAAAAAGAACACACUUGAACAGUUGAAAAGACAACAACGUUGUGUUUAGUUUACUGGUGAACAAAUUUAUUCUGAGACAUUUUAUCAUGCAUGUUUUUUCGUGUGCUAUGUUUUAUCACCUGUAUUGCAAUUCAUUGUGGAAAUGAUGAAAGUGAUCAACAUUUUUAUUUCUGUAUUCAUUGAUUUUGUUGAGUACAAAUUUUCCAGAGCAAAUGAGCACAUUUAUGACAAUUGUCCAAACUUUAAAGUAUAGUGUAGAAUUUUCAGUUUGUAGACAUUAAUAAACUUUGAUGUAAAAUAAAUUUGAUAAAAAAAAAAAAUUAUUUUUUUAUUAUGAUUGUUAUAGGAGUCCAAAAGCCAGGAAUUGUUUUAUGCAUGGAAUACUUUUCUUUGCAGACAUUAUACAUUUGGACUCAAAAUGUAGAAGAUGAGGAAUAGUUAUGAUUUUGAUAAGGAAUAAUGAAAUAAAAGCUAAUUGCACUCUGUACACUUGACUUCAUCAUCAUCAUCAGCAAGGUUUUGUUAGUUUGGUUGGUUUGUAGGAAAGAAGGAUGGUAGGAAUUUGAUGCAGGUGAUGCUCUGAAUUGGCUUUUUAGAGAGUAUGACAUUGUAAAAAUGCUUGAAAUGUUUUAAAACGCUUUUUUUUUUUUUAGUUUUGCUAAAAUUGAAUCCUUAAAAUAUGUUGAAUUCAAGGGGAAAUGCUAAAAAUGUCCUAAUUUUUCAUGUCAAUUUCUUUUUUUACCUUACUACUCUUGCAGUUUUGAAAAUAUAUCUAUAAUAAAUGUGUAUAGACAUA